GCAAUGACGUCCUCCUUUCCCCAGGCAUCCAGCCCUACAGACAAACCCCUCUCUACGACAAAUGCAGAGGCACACAGCCCUACAGACAAACCCCACUCUACAACAAAUGCAGACAUCCCCACCCAACCCAUCCGGGCACCCAAGCCGCACCAGCAGCUUAGCUAUCUCACGCACGACUUAACAUUAUUUGAAGAAAACCACACCACAUGGCCCGAUACAGAUCCGUCAGACUGGGAGCUGACCGUCGACGGUCUCGUGAGAAAUCGAUUCACCCUCAGCUUCGCCGAGCUCGUGAAUCUGCCUACCUCGUCCGUCACAACCUUCCACGAAUGCUAUGGAAGCCCUCUGCACCCGCCAACCCGGAACCUCUGGAAAGUCGGCAACGUAGUCUGGACUGGCGUUCGAUUGUCUCGCAUUCUGGCACUAGCAGACGUGGCACCCGAAGCAAGGUUCCUCUGGUCGGAAGGCCGGGACCAUGGCGUCUUCGCGGGCCAUCGGGUCGACAGCUACCAGAAAGACCUCCCGCUCGGAAAGGCACUACAGGACGAAGUCAUCGUCGCGUAUAGAAUGAACGACGCGCCGAUACGCUCACGACGUGGUGGUCCGGUGCGGCUUGUCGUCCCGGGCUGGUUCGGCACGAAUUCGACCAAAUGGUUGUGUCGGUUGACGUUGCAAUCGUCCCGCGCUCCUGGGAUCUUCGCGAGUUAUUUCUAUAAUCGUGAGGAUGAGAAGAGUGUUACGGGGAUGUCGCCUGUCUGGGCCGUUGAGCCGAAUUCGAUGAUCGUUCGUCCGGCACCAGGAGAAUGUCUUGACAGUACAGACGUCACUGUGAGCGGUUGGGCAUGGGGUGAGGUCGAGAUCGAUGUCGUUGAGGUUUGCUUGGACGAGGGCGACGUGUGGGUGCCUGCGAAAACGGAGUCACGGAAGGACUUUGGCUGGCAGAGGUUUUCAGUACUUGUGCAUACGUCUUAUGGGAAACAUUCUAUCUCAGCCAGGGCGACGUCGAAGGCAGGGGAACGGCAGCCUGGAGAUAGGACACGGAAUCAAGUGCAUACGGUGCAGUUUGAGGUGACAGAAGCUGGAUCUGCUGCUUCCCUGAUACAUGGUUAAUCAAUAGUGUACGUAUUGUCGCGGUAUAGACGCCUCUGUAGUAGGGAGCAUCACAGGCGCGACCCGCAAUCGGUGAAUAGGUAGGAAAUGAAGAUAUUUCUCUUUGCCGAUAGGCCUCUGGAGGUAUGUGGAUGAUACCUCGAUCUCCCUCGGCAGCCCUGAUCGAUCUACCUAUGCCUUGUCUGGAGCUCUUCCCCAUACAUGUUGUUAGAAU